CAGCUGCCUCCUUCGCGCCCGGCCCGGCUCGGCCCUGCCCUGCCCUGCCCAGCCCAGCCCGAAGGGUCAGGCAGAGAGUGGGGCCGCGCCCUUUGGUCAACUUCUCCCUACUUCCACCCGCGCAGCCUCGCGAGACCCGGAGCUGGGCCGUGGCCGCCUACGAACAGCAGGAAGGGAGCGGCCGUCGCGGAGGACGCGCGGCCGAACUGUAGGUGCGGCGGCCCUCCCAGGCGCAGAGGGAGGCAGUGGCGGGCCCUGCGACCUCCAGCCAGUCCGGAGCCAGGGAGAGCCCGGACCUGGCGGGGAACGCUGCACCCACGACCCGGCCCACAGACCCCGCCGCCGUCGCUGUCUCUGCCUCUGUCCAGCCUUGGUACCGGCAAUGGCCUUCGUGUCGCCCGAUGCACUUGUGACUGACUUGGACACGAAAUACUAAGAACUCACUUCCGUUGCCCACCCCAGUGGCGCAGGCAGCAACAAACCACUUCGGGUCACUUGCAUUUAACUGCUGCUUCCCUUGACUUUGCCCGACUUUGGGGGCACCAUGGACCAAAGUGGGAUGGAGAUUCCUGUGACCCUCAUCAUAAAAGCACCGAAUCAGAAAUACAGUGACCAGACUAUUAGCUGCUUCUUAAACUGGACCGUGGGGAAACUAAAAACGCAUCUAUCUAACGUGUACCCUAGUAAACCAUUGACAAAGGAUCAGAGAUUGGUGUAUUCGGGCAGACUGCUUCCCGAUCAUCUGCAGCUGAAAGACAUUCUCAGAAAACAAGAUGAGUAUCACAUGGUUCAUCUAGUAUGUACUUCUCGGACUCCUCCCAGUUCUCCAAAAUCUUGCACCAGUAGAGAAAAUCGUGAAGCUUUGGCAACCAGCAGCAAUUCUAGUUCUGAUCAUUCAGGAUCAUCAACUCCAUCAUCUAGUCAGGAAGCCUUGUCUGUAGGUGCCAGUUCUUCCUCAGAAGGAUUGAGGCAACGUACCCUUCCACAAGCACAGACUGACCCUGCAGAGAGUCAUCAGUUCCCGUAUGUCAUGCAAGGAAAUGUAGACAACCAGUUUCCUGGGGGAGCCAUCCCGGCUGGGUUCCCAGUGUAUCCUGCUUUCAGCCCACUGCAGAUGCUGUGGUGGCAACAGAUGUAUGCUCAUCAGUAUUACAUGCAAUAUCAAGCUGCAGUUUCAGCUCAGGCCACAACAAAUGCCACCCCAGCCCAGCCUACUGCUCCACAGCCUCUAAAUUUGGCACAUGUUCCUGGAGAAGAACCCCCACCAGCUCCAAACCUAGUGGUUCAAGAAAAUCGACCCAUGAAUGAGAAUGUUCAGAUGAAUGCACAGGGAGGUCCAGUGCUAAACGAAGAAGAUUUCAACCGAGACUGGCUAGACUGGAUGUACACAUUCUCACGAGCUGCAAUUCUCCUUAGCAUUGUAUACUUCUAUUCUUCUUUCAGUAGGUUUAUCAUGGUAAUGGGAGCCAUGCUACUGGUUUAUCUACACCAAGCUGGAUGGUUUCCUUUUAGGCAAGAAGCAGGUCAGCAGGAGGCUCCCAACAAUAAUGCGGAAGUUAACAAUGAUGGGCAAAAUGUUAACAAUCUAGAACUAGAAGAAAUGGAGCAUCUUAUGGAUGAUGGGCUUGAAGGUGAGAGUGGAGAAGAUGCAGGUGAAGAUGCCAGUGCAAUUCAAAGGCCUGGAUUAAUGGCUUCAGCUUGGUCUUUUAUUACCACCUUCUUUACUUCACUCAUACCAGAGGGGCCUCCCCAGGUUGCCAAUUAGACCUGAAAAACUAUGCCAGCUGCAAAGGAGGGUUUGACUUUAGGAAAGUGUUUUAAAUAACAGUGCAAUUACAAAAAAAUUUAUAACUUUCUUUUGAUCAUCAUGUACAGAGGUGUUUUUUCUUUAAGCUUCUCAUGCAUAUGAAUAUUUUAAGCACAAAUGGACUACUAAAUUUUUUUUUUUAAUUCUGACAGAACAUAGUGUAACAAUAUUGGUCUUCCAGGUUUUAUUCAGUUAUGUACAUUAUACCAAGACAGACCUAUUUGUGCAUCUUAUUUCUUUAAAGAGCUGCUUCACGUAAACGUCUAUAGUUAGUAGCCCAGCCCGUCAGUGUGUAAUUUGAAUAAAUGUAUCUUAUUUUUUGUGAAUUAUCCUGAAAGUUUUAAACAGAAUGACCUCAUAGUUUUUAACAAAGAAUAUAAUUUACCUAAAAUGUGCUAGUAGCAUCUUGCCCAGCCAUAAAGCAAUAAACUCAAUAAUCUUAAUUUUGAAAUUUGAAUAGAAUAAUGGAAACUUUCUAUUUUAAGGGCAUGUAUCCCAUUAAUUGGAAUUAGUACCUUUAAAAAAAAGGCAGCUCUUCAGUGGAAUUAACAGUGAUAUAAAAUGUUUGAUACAGGCAGUACUUUUAUAAAAUGAGAUAUGCUGGAAAUCACGCUCAGUAAUUUUUUAAAUAAAAGGUCAAUUAUGGUAAACUGUCUUAUGGGAUAUUUGUUCAGACUUUCAGUAAUGUGACCGUUAAAUGCAAAAAUCGAUGUAAAUUUCAGUAGUUGUUUGGAAGGGUUGCCGAAGUCUUCAAGGUAUUUUCACCUCUUCCCUUUCCAGAUGGGUAUCUUUUAGUUCUCAGGUAGUCUGAAACCUAGGUAGUUUAUUUAAAAAUCCAAGUAAAAUCCUGUGAUGGUUAAUACUAUGUGUCACCUUGGCUAGGUUAUGAUUCUUAGUGGUUUGGCAGACAUUGGACU